AAUACAUAUGUACACCUGACCGUUAGAUUUCGCGGAGGGUUGUACAGGCCUGGUAUCAGGAUCGCAGUUGGAUCUUGGCCGCAACGUAGAAAGGAUUGGCUGUGCAACGGCGCAUGAGAACACUCGUUAAACCGGCCUGAAAUGACGUAGCCAGUGGAUCCCAGACCAGCGAGGCCCGUGCAUGUUAAGUCAGUGUUGCUCGUAGACUGCGGUGCCUCCGAAUUAAACAGCCUGUAGUGAUUCACACUUGAUCCCUUAUCACUCCCAUUAGCAGAACCGCUAAUCGUGGCAAACACCGUGCAGAAGUGCGAGCGUGUCAAUUGGUACGAGGGCGCCGGCUAACGAUGGUCGUCAAAAUCUACAUAUCGGGUAUCAGCGGCAACAAAGAAGUAAAAAAAAGACAACAGCGUGUCUUAAUGAUAUUAGAUAGUAAAAAUGUAGAGUAUGAAACGAUUGAUAUAACAGAACCAGGAAAGGAAAUGGAGAAGGAAUUUAUGCAGUCUAAUAGCAUUGCAAGAGAUAGCAAGUACCCAUUACCUCCACAGAUAUUUCAUGAAGAAGAAUAUUGCGGGGAUUAUGAGGAUUUCGAUUUGGCAAAUGAGAUGGAUGAAUUGGAAGAGUUUUUAAAAGUGGCUCCUCCUGCUAGUGCAGCAGGUGCAGCUCAGAACAAAAACAUUCAAGAAAAUGGAAAUACCACAAGUAGAGAGCCUUCCACAGAUAAGGAUGCAGUGGCUGUGCAGAAUGAAAGCUUAGAGGAGAGGACGACUCUGCCAAAUGAAAGUAUACAGUCAGAUGAAUCUAAACCUGCAGAAAACGAUGACGGGAUAAAUAUUACAGCCGAGGAAGAUACGGAACAUCCAGACGAAAGCGCCGAAAAGAACGAAGAAAAAUCGAAUGAUCAAGAAAAAGAAGAGUAGGUGGGAAAUAAACCCAUUUAAUGGAGGGACGUUUCAUACUUCCUUGAGAUCCUUGGUUUUCUACCAAUAAGGGUAUUUUAUAAAAGCUAUAUUUAUCAUGUUUCUAAGGCUGAGUGAAGGUACUGCCAGGAAUGAACAGUAUAAAUGAAGUAUAAACUGCACUUUUAUAGAACUAUUUUACAUUGCAAUUGAGUACGUUUUCGUCAAGAACUUUUUAUAGGUCUAGCUAGAAAGGAUAUGAAUUAUUUUCAUCCUACUUCAUAUCAGUAGUUAAUACCUAAUGUUUUUAAUUCCUUAUAUUAAUUACCUUGCAUUGUUUAUAUAGUAUUUUAUUCUUUACUUUUAAAUCGCAAGUUUUAACGAUGCGCUAGGAGUAAUAAAUUUUUCAGUAUUGAGUUAUUCUCUCUUCUAUCAGUUGCGAAAAGUAUAACAAUGAAAUUUGGUAAAUUUAUCUGAUUUGGAAAUUGUUUCUCUGUAGUCAAUUAAAGUUUUAUAUUGAAAUAUUAUUUUCCUACUCUCGCAUACAAUUAUUUCAAUAGAUUAUCAGAAGUCUUCGUACGCUUAUUUAUAGGCCAAGAUGUAAACUAUUUACUUAUCAGUUGUACUAAGACAUGACUUCCGUAAUAUCGAGUCUAGAAUAUUUUAUUCUUGUCUUCAUAAAAUUUUAGCUUCGUUCCUUUCGUUCUCUCAAGAUUCUUAUGGUAAAGGUUUCCCAUUACACGAUGAAAACAAUAUCGAACAGUACGGCACUCAGUUACGUAUGAAAUACAAUUACUACAAAAGACGACACAAAAUUAGUCAUAGUAAUAAUAUCAUGCGCACGAAAUCUAUAUUAUGAUCAAGUACAUCCUAAAUAUACAAGAAAUCGAGAGAUCGAAAUAAUUCUCGACAUUAUUAUUAUUAUUUCUAAGAACGUUAGGAUUAAUUUAAGACAUUUCUUAGUUUUACAUGACGUGUCUGCCAAAAUUACGCAUCAAUCCGUUGAAAUUAGAUUUAUAACGUUUCCAUACUUGUUACGGAUAAUAUAAAUCAACAGGUAUUCCAGGAAAAUUAAAGGUAAUACAAAGAUAGAUUAAUUUGUAGGAACAUUUUUUCAUGCUACAAAUAUCUACUUACAUUUAAUUCAAUUUACUAAACCGCUAAGAAUAUUAAACCCUUUUGCCGAAGGCCUACUUACGACUCGUUCCUAAAAGCGAAGGCCGAUUAAUCGUAUUUGGUCCUACUUUGUUACCUAAACAGCUUGAGAUUUUAAUUAUUUUACAUAUAUAACGUUGACUUAACUGAUCACAUAGUAGGUGGGGAUUAAUCACGAACAAAUUGUAGCUUUACGCAAAUUGUUAUGAACUGUUCUGUUACGAAGUGGAAUAAAAUAUAGAACGCAAGAUUCAUCGUAACUGUGCACGAGAUGAUAAGCCUGAGUAAUUUUAAUAUACCGUGUACCGCAGCUUGUUUGGAUAUCAGGUAUUCGUUAUAAACUAAUUAUAGAAGAGGAUAAAUAAGUAAAAAGCUUUACCUAAGUGAGUCAAAGUUGUCCACCAUACACAUAUGUUGUUAUUAUAAAACACUGUGUCCGGAAAUAAUAGGUGUUGGACGUAAGCAUUGAAGUUAAUAAAUUUUAACAUGGUAUAUUCAAAAUAUAUAUUUGCGAGAACAAUAUUCAUUAUACAUCAUGUAUAUGAAUCAUGCUGAUCAUUGUUACAUGCAUAUAAGACUUUACUAAUAAAUAUCAUAAUAGAAGUUUAA